AUGCCGACCUCGCGAUCGUGUGACCAAUGUUACGCGCAGAAGAAGAAGUGUCAACGCGAAAAAGGCCUGGACAAGUGUAUUCGAUGUGCCCACCUUGCUGUGGACUGCUCAACGGCUCGGUAUUCCCGUCCACCGGGGCGUCCCGCACGAUCUAAACUGCUUGGACCUGCAGCGGAAAUCCAAGUGUGGGCCUCGCAGGACCGGUCGCCCGCUUCAAGGACACCUGGUUCGCAAAGUACAGAGGCCCAGAGUCUUUCUCCACUGUCGCAAAGUGCUUCUACCAUUACUGUCUCAGAGCAAGAGCCUCUGGGGAUUGGCCAUCUCAACAGCCCAGUCAGCCAUGGCGUCCAAGCAAGAUUACCGGAUAUUCUUCAGGAGCUUGGUCAGAACCAACAGCAAAUCACAUCAGCGCCUGAGCCUACCGACGAGGAAUUUUAUGAGUUGAUCGACAUCUUCAUGAUCGGGCCAACCUUUACCAAAAGCUUUCGCCAAGCUUUAAACUAUUCCUACCUCAAAGCCCCUCAUAUUCUAAGAGAUAUGUUUUCUGUGAUGAUCAGGUACAUGACAAGCACUAGCAAGCCAAAUACCACCGCACCAGCCCAUGCAGAGAUCGCCGGGGUUGCAGAAUUGCUGCGCAAAUUACAAGCCACAGAAAUCGCUAAUGACAAUGACGCAUUGGCUGUUCUUGUUCUAGGCCAGAGCUUGGCUGCAUUGGAUACAUUUAUUGUCUCUACCGGAUCGAUGCUCAUUUUACGCCACUCGCUAUAUCUGGCCAAGCCGUGGUAUCCGCAGCUGGCUCAGGUGGGGUUUCUGGACCCGGUCACAGUGACUCCGAUAUUUUGGGAGCUACUCGAAUGUUUGAUCAAACGGGAGACUCCAAUAAUUCGACCACGGAUUCAUCGACCUCAUGUUGUCGAUAGAUUGUUCGGGUUGUGUGUUUCCCUGUUGCCAAUACUAUAUGAUCUGUGCGAAGUGAGCCACGAAAUGAAGGUUCAAUCUCAGCCGGAAAGCCAGAAAUUGAAUGUCAUCGAGCAACAAGUCCUUGAAUGGUCACCUGAUAAAUCAUCUUUACAAAGUAUGCCGUUCACCGACUCUGAGAUCAUGCUUCUACGAGCUCAAGCAGCCAUAUACCGAUCCGCCUCUCUACUGCUCAUCCAUCGCCUCAAGUACCCACUAUCCUGCCAAGAUGGGAUUGCCGUGUCGUAUGCAAACGACAUCAUGGAAGAGAAAGAUAAGAUUCUUCUCUACGGUGGACCCGAUACAAAGCUCCAGUUCGGAUGUUUCCCCUUGUUUUUAGCACUGCUUGAGAUUCCGCUGCGGCCGGAAAGUCUUUGGAAGAGUCUGACGAGGCUUUCUUACUGUCCAGCGUGUGCUGAGCAGUUCUUUGCCUUUCACAAGUAUUUCUGGCAACGAAGGUGGGACGGGUUCAAGGGCUCAUUAUUUGACCUCAUUAAUGACGGGCCGACAUUUAUGGCUGUACCAUAA